CUGCUUGAAAAUUAAAUGACUGCUUCAGCUCUAUUUUUACAUAAUAUUGUGUACCUUUGCUGUCAAUAUUUAUCACAUACUGUAUCUUUCAUAAUCCCAGAAACGGUACGGCGGGCACCACGUGGUACAGAGCCACUCCCCCAGCAUCCACCAACUAUCGAGCUGCGGCACCGCUCCCGCUCCCCGCACCAUCCGACCACCAGACGAUCCCCUCCGGAGCCAAACCAUUCCCGCACAGCCACUGAUGACCACCUUCAAACCUUCUCCCAGCUGCCAGACAGCAACCACCACAUGCCAGAGGAAAUGUACCCUCUGUCCGUGUCCCCAGCUGCACCCAACGGCCGCUGCACCACGCCGCGAGAACCCCCCUGCCCGGGUAGCCCUGGGGGCCAGGAGGCGGGCCCUCCUCACGUAAUCCAGCUCAUGCCCAGCGCCAUAAUGAACCCCCUGCUCCUCAGCCCCAGCAGGAGCAGCGGGGGUGCUGCCAUGGACUUCAGGCACAGCCGAGGUGGACCCUCGUCUCAGGCGACGCUCGAGAACGGGCGUGAGGGGAAAGUUCAGGCCCACCACCAUCAGAUACCACUAUCCCAGCAGCAGCAGCAUUUACUGCAACAGCAGCAGGAGGAGGCGCUCUACAGAAACCACGUCAUCAUGCCUGUGUCUCCUCCAGAGGAGCAACAAAUACCCAUCGGACGGAUAGCAGACUGCAGGCUGCUGUGGGACUAUGUCUACCAGCUCCUGUCAGACAGCAGGUACGAGAACUACAUUCGCUGGGAGGAUACAGAGGCCAAAGUCUUCCGCAUCAUGGACCCCAACGGCCUGGCCAGACUCUGGGGCAAUCACAAGAACCGGACCAAUAUGACGUACGAAAAGAUGUCGCGAGCACUGAGACACUACUACAAAUUGAACAUUAUCAGGAAAGAGCCUGGACAAAGACUUCUAUUCAGGUUCAUGAAAACUCCUGAUGAGAUAAUGAACGGACAGACGGACCGACUGGAGCACCUGGAGUCUGACACAUACGAACAAACCUACAUCAAAGAAGAGUCCUGAGGAACUCUGGGAAAACGAGUCCAUGAACUACUUACUACUACUACAGCCGCUGAUGCCUUUCAGAAGCAGCCUGAACAAUCGUCGUUGAAAUCUGGGGCGC